CUUUCCUCCCUCGUCGCUUUCUUUUUCACCAACCUCCCUCCCACCCCCCCCUCUCUCCUCUUCUCCCUAUUCACGCUCUUUCUUUUCUUUUCCUCAACGCGUGACAGGUACACACUGUUGACGAAAGGACUGAACAUAUCGUGCUACCGUGUCCUGUGGUGAAAAGGACCUUAGCUACUACUCGCACAUAUUCCCCGACCAUGGCGCGCAUCUCCGCUCGCCAGGGUGCGGCCAAGCCCUUCACUGCUUGGACCACCGUCUUCUACCUGCUCCUUGUUUUCAUUGCGCCUCUGGCUCUCCUCGGAACCGCACACGCUCAGGAUGACUCCUCUGUACAAGACAACUACGGCACUGUUAUCGGUAUUGAUUUGGGAACCACCUACUCUUGUGUUGGUGUGAUGCAGAACGGAAAGGUUGAAAUCCUCGUCAACGACCAAGGAAACCGUAUCACUCCCUCCUACGUUGCCUUCACCGAUGAGGAACGUCUCGUCGGUGACGCCGCUAAGAACCAAUACGCCGCUAACCCCCGCCGCACUGUCUUCGAUAUCAAGCGUCUGAUUGGUCGCAAGUUCGAUGAUACCGAUGUUCAGAAGGACGCCAAGAACUUCCCCUACAAGGUUGUCAACAAGGAUGGCAAGCCUGUCGUCAAGGUCGAGGUCAACCAGACCCCCAAGACCUUGACUCCUGAGGAGGUUUCCGCCAUGGUUCUCGGCAAGAUGAAGGAGAUCGCCGAGGGUUACCUUGGAAAGAAGGUUACCCACGCCGUUGUCACCGUUCCCGCCUACUUCAACGACGCCCAGAGACAGGCCACCAAGGAUGCCGGUACCAUUGCCGGUCUCAACGUCCUCCGUGUUGUCAACGAGCCCACCGCCGCCGCUAUCGCCUACGGUCUGGACAAGACCGAUGGUGAGCGCCAGGUCAUCGUCUACGACCUUGGUGGUGGUACUUUCGAUGUCUCUCUGCUGUCGAUCGAUGACGGUGUUUUCGAGGUCUUGGCUACCGCUGGUGACACCCACCUUGGUGGUGAGGAUUUCGACCACCGCGUCAUGGACUACUUCGUCAAGCAGUACGACCGCAAGCACUCUACCGAUGUCAAGAAGGACCUCAAGGCCAUGGGUAAGCUCAAGCGUGAGGUUGAGAAGGCCAAGCGUACUCUCUCUUCCCAGAUGUCUACCCGCAUCGAAAUCGAGGCCUUCCACAACGGCGAGGACUUCUCCGAGACCUUGACCCGCGCCAAGUUCGAGGAGCUGAACAUGGAUCUGUUCAAGAAGACCCUGAAGCCUGUCGAGCAGGUUCUCAAGGACGCCAAGGUCAAGAAGUCCGAGGUUGACGACAUUGUCCUGGUUGGUGGUUCCACCCGUAUCCCCAAGGUCCAGGCCCUCCUGGAGGAGUUCUUCGGUGGCAAGAAGGCCAGCAAGGGUAUCAACCCCGAUGAGGCCGUCGCUUUCGGUGCUGCCGUUCAGGGUGGUGUUCUGUCCGGUGAGGAGGGUACUGGCGGUGUCGUUCUGAUGGACGUCAACCCCCUUACCCUGGGUAUUGAGACCACCGGUGGAGUUAUGACCAAGCUCAUUCCCCGCAACACCGUCAUCCCCACCCGCAAGUCCCAGAUCUUCUCUACCGCCGCUGAUAACCAGCCCACCGUUCUCAUCCAAGUUUACGAGGGUGAGCGUUCUUUGACCAAGGACAACAACCUGCUCGGCAAGUUCGAGCUUACCAGCAUUCCUCCGGCUCCCCGUGGUGUUCCUCAGAUUGAGGUCUCCUUCGACCUGGAUGCCAACGGUAUCCUGAAGGUCAGCGCCAGCGACAAGGGCACCGGCAAGGCCGAGUCCAUUACGAUCACCAAUGACAAGGGCCGUCUCUCCCAGGAGGAGAUCGAGCGCAUGGUGGCCGAGGCCGAGCAGUUCGCCGAUGAGGACAAGGCCAUCAAGGCGAAGAUUGAGGCCCGCAACGGACUGGAGAACUAUGCCUUCAGCCUGAAGAACCAGGUCAACGACGAGAACGGACUGGGUGGCCAGAUCGACGAGGACGACAAGCAGACCAUUCUGGAUGCCGUCAAGGAGGUGACCGACUGGCUGGAGGACAACGCGGCCACUGCUACCACCGAGGACUUCGAGGAGCAGAAGGAGCAGCUGUCCAACGUGGCCUACCCCAUCACCAGCAAGCUGUAUGGCUCUGCCCCGGCUGAUGAGGAUGAUGAGUCGUAUGGCCAUGACGAAUUGUAAAAUUACUUUAUUCUUAGAGGGACUCAAGGAGUUUGCAUUGCUUGACUUGAUUAUGUGAAAGACCAACUUUUGGUUUGUUUUUAAGUUUUAAAUAUGAUACCUAUAUCUUAGUCAGGAUUC